AGCAGGCACUUUCUAGAAAGCUCUCUUUUCUAUACUUACCAAUUGACAGCAUCCUGUCACACCCAUGCUUCUAGUGUUACUGAGGCUAUAAACUGAUUUGUGCUUUCAGCUCAGCAGUGCCAGCAUGAAGACAGCCACAGCCUUGGUUCUGAUGACUUUGAUCUCCAUAGUAAUGGACAUGGCCUGGGCUCUGUCUUCUCCCAGAAGAUUACAAAAACCUGGAGCUUGUCCCCUUCUGACCCCAAAUACUGGUGGAACUUGUCAUGAGAGAUGCACAGGAGAUGACUCAUGCUCUGGUGAAAUGAAGUGCUGCAGCGAUGGGUGUGGUCAUGUCUGCAAACCUCCUGUCUUCAAAGAGAGCUCCGUGGUCUCCCUGGUCAGAAUCGUAGAUGACAAGUCUGUCCCUGAGCAUCUUGUCAGUCUAGAGAAUAAGUGUGUGCAGGGUGAAGCCAUCAUUUAG